CUGGAUCACCUCCGUGGAAUGUCUUCGAGCGCCAAGCGGCUGGUGCAGUCGCUUAGGGGCCGCAGUGGAGGUGGUAGAGGCAACGGUGGUGUUGGUGGCGGGGAAGGAAGUGGCGGCGGUGGCGGUGGUGCCAGCACCAGCGCGACCAGAUUGUGCCAUUACGACAGCGGGCACGAGCUCGAUGAGAUCUCGGUGGUCGGCGGUACCAUCAGGGGUAGCGAGGGUUUGCCUACCCCUACAACACCCUGUCACUGCGGUGGUCACAAAUAUGGAAGCGGACAAACGCUGUAUAGCAUUGCUGGAUUGGUACCCCCUGCGCCCGACGCACCUACGCAUGGACCCCACUCAAGUAUGAUGACAUCGAGUGAUGGCGGUGGUAUGAGGGAUCGGUUCACGGGCGGUUCUACUUCCGCCCUGAGCUGCGGGGGUGAGAAGCUCAGCGACGACAAGCAAGGAAGAAUAGGAGACUACAAGCCAAGGAUUAGAAGGGAAAGGGACGAAGACACAAAAAGUGCGGAUAAUGUUUCCAGGAGCGGUUUGCCUUGUAGACAAAGUCUCUUAGAACUAGUCAGUGGCAAAUGUAUGAAUCGCCACAUGCCCAUGCAGCAUUACCAUCAGCAACAACAGGUGUACUCUGUGUCGCAGCGAUACUUCAGCUCGUCCCGCGACUCGCUGCAGGAGGCUUACGUGAACUGCGGUGUAAGCGAUCUCGACAUAAGCCGCAAAUCAAAGAAGAGGGACCAUCUGAAGGGCAGAUUCAAGCUGCACACGGUCGCGCUCACACCCACCCGCGAACAGCCGCACCUGCACACGCCGGUGUCUGCCAAUCAUCUCAGCAAUAGCAGUUGCAACGGCACUGAAACCAGAUACACGGUGCACCAGCAACAACAACAACGUGGUAGCAGAGGUUAUCCUGGACAAUCGGGAACAAAGGGAUUUCGUACUGGUGCCCCUAACUGGUCUUUCAUCUUCGACCCUGCAGGACGUCUCUGUUACUACUGGUCAAUGGUGGUAUCCCUUGCCUUUCUGUACAACUUCUGGGUUAUCAUCUAUAGGUUUGCCUUCCAAGAGAUAAAUGGCGAAACGCGGUGGGUGUGGUUCUGCCUGGAUUACUUCUCCGAUUUUUUAUACGUGUUGGACAUAGUAUUUCACAUUCGAACGGGAUAUUUGGAAGACGGUGUUCUGCAAACCGAUGCGACAAAGCUGCGGAACCAUUAUACAAACAGCACCACAUUUUACAUGGACAUCCUGUGCCUGUUACCCCUCGACUUUUUAUACUUAUCUAUAGGAUUCAACAGUAUACUGCGAAGUUUUAGACUUGUAAAAAUAUAUCGGUUCUGGGCGUUCAUGGAUAGAACUGAGCGACACACGAACUAUCCGAAUUUAUUCCGCUCCACCUCCUUGAUACAUUAUUUACUGGUGAUCUUUCACUGGAACGGGUGCCUCUAUCACAUUAUUUAUAAGAACAACGGCUUCGGCAGUAAAAACUGGGUGUUCAGUGACUCCGAAACGGCGGAUGUCGUGAAACAAUAUUUACAAAGUUACUAUUGGUGCACAUUGGCUCUCACAACCAUCGGCGAUUUACCCCGACCGAGAAGCAAAGGCGAGUAUUUGUUCGUAAUAGUUCAACUGCUGUUUGGUCUGCUGCUGUUUGCCACCGUGCUCGGACACGUGGCCAACAUUGUUACUUCCGUCAGCGCGGCCAGGAAAGAGUUUCAGGCAAAGUUGGAUGGUGUGAAAACGUACAUGAGAAUGAGAAGAGUGCCAAAACAUCUGCAAGUGAAAGUAAUCAAGUGGUUUGACUACCUCUGGUUAACGCAAAAAUGUUCGGAUGAAGAAAAAGCUGUCAGCUGUCUUCCCGACAAACUAAAAGCCGAGAUCGCAAUAAACGUGCAUCUGGAUACAUUGAGGCGGGUCGAGAUUUUUCAGAACACGGAGGCUGGCUUCUUGUGCGAGCUCGUUCUAAGAUUGCGGCCCGUUCUUUUCUCACCUGGUGACUACAUUUGUCGCAAAGGUGAGGUAGGAAAGGAGAUGUACAUAGUGAACAGGGGAAGACUGCAGGUAGUGGCUGACAAUGGGAAGACAGUCCUCGCUACACUUAAGGCGGGUUCCUACUUCGGGGAGAUCAGCAUUCUCAAUAUGGGGACUGCAGGUAAAGAGUGCGGUAACCGGCGAACAGCCAGCGUGCGGUCGGUGGGCUACUCGGACCUCUUCGUUCUUAGCAAGAAGGAUAUGUGGGACGUGCUAAAGGAGUACCCUGCUGCACGGAUCCGCCUUGAAGCAAUUGCAGUGAAAAGAUUGGAGAAGUACAAAAGGGCACCUUUGGAGAAGGCUGCAAUGGGACGCUGCCAGAGCACGCCAGGACUCGUGGAAUCACGUGGUCGUAUACCGUUAGAGGAGAUGUGGGUUUCGCCUGUGGACAUGAAGUCACCUCAUACGUAUUCAGCCAGUCACUCAUUGUACUCCCCUAGCCCAAGUCCGGUAAUAUCACGCAGUUUGCUGAGCACUGGAAAUAAUGUCAACGCGAACAACGUUGGAAGGAACGUGGAGAGUCCGAUGAGUGCCACAAGCAGCGGCCACAGCAGCGAGAAUCAAACCGCCAAGGUACCACAGACUGCUGCUACACAACCCUCCACUGGCAGACAAUCUACUUACUCUGGCAUGACCUGUAACAGCAUGACACAAUUGAUCAGCGAAGGUGCUACACCGCUGUUAGGCACUCACGAUGCACUACUAGCCGAGAUCAAACGUUUACGGGAACGAUUGAUCUGUCUAGAAACUGAAAACGCAGCAAUGAGUGUAAAGCUCAAUCAACAGCAAUGGGAAGUGGAACAUCGAUUGACUGAAAUUGAGAUGCAGAUUUGUGGUGCCAGCUCGACAUCCAGCGUAGAAGACAACAACGAGAGGAACCGAGAAAGUAUCAUUUAA